AAAACAUCUGAUCGUUGCUAAUUAUGGUCAUACUAGUACCUACAACAUGUUUUUCAUGUCAAAUUUGUAUAUUUGUUUCGUAAACUAAACAGAAAAAGUGUUUUCCCAGGCAGCAGUGAAGAGUUUUUAAUAUUCGCCAGCCCACUAUAUCCACGAAUUCGCACGCCCAGACGAAAUAAUGGCCACCUCAGUGCUGCUAGCCUGUGGACUCAAUGAGCAGAAACUGCCAGGAUUCGUGCACAUUAGCGAGGAGUCCAAUGUGGAUGGCAGCUUCCUGAUCAGCUGCAUCUUGGGUCAGAGAUUACGCAUCUCGAACGCUGGAACCCUACUGGUCUGCCUGCAGCAUCACUAUCAACAUUACUUCAAUGCUGGCAUGAGAUUGGGCUACAACACCAACAUUUUCCAGGGUAAAACCCUGGCUGUUAUCGAUGUUCUGAGCGACAUGGCCGGCGAGGGUUUGGCCUCCAAGUGGCUGCGUAGUUCCGAGGGUCAGACAUUAACUGAGCAGCUUAUGGAUGACAUUCGUGCCCAGGUGGAGAGCAAUUAUGCCAGUCGAAAUUCUUACACUGUUUUGAUUGAUAAUUUGUCCAUAUUGUUCAAUCUGGGAGCGAGCAAGUUGCAGGUCCAGCAGUUCUGCCAAGAUCUGGCUGCCCUUGCCAAGGAGCGGGAAAACCUGACGGUGAUCACCAAGCUCAGCAACAGCGACAUCUACCAGCUAACGGAUAACAAUGUGGCCAAGCUCGGUCAGGUUCGCAUCCAGGUUUUGCGUUUGAAGAGCGGUGUGUUCCGCGAGGUCGAUGGCAAGCUCUUAAUCGAACGGGUUUUGGACGUGGGCAGCUAUGCGUGCGAGGAGACGCGUAAGGAGGUUCUCUAUAAGGUCAACGAUCGCAAUGUCAAGGUCUUUACACCGGGCGAAAUUGGGGUGAAGGUGUAGAGGUGGAGAGAACUCUAAUAAUUAUAUGAAUUUUAAUAAAGCCAUUUUUUGUAUAUUCUGAGAA